AUGUCUGUCUUGAUCGAAACCUCUCUGGGCGACAUGGUGUUUGAUCUUCACACCGACGUGUGCCCCAACGCAUGCACCAACUUCCUAAAGCUCUGCAAGAUCAAGUAUUACAACAACUGCAUCUUCCAUUCAGUGGAAAAGGAUUUCAUCGCUCAAACGGGAGAUCCGACGGGUACUGGGCAGGGAGGGGAGUCGAUCUUCGCAAAGGUCCAUGGGCCAGAGCGCCGAUACUUUGAAGACGAGAUUCAUGAAGAGAUCAAGCACAAGAAUAUCGGGACCCUGGCGUAUGUCAACAAGGGCCCCAACACCAACGCAUCGCAGUUCUAUAUCACCCUGCGCUCCGACAUCGACUUCUUGGAUGGCAAGUACACGAUCUUCGGCGAGAUCGCGGAAGGGGAAGAGGUGCUGGACCGCAUCAACGCUUCUUAUUGCGACAAGGCAAACAGGCCCUAUCGAAACAUCCGCAUCAAACACACCCACAUUCUGGACGAUCCCUUCCCUGACAUUCUCAGCAUCCAAGAACCAGCCUCUCCUCCGCCAGCGCGUGAUGAGCGACCCGAGGCAGACGAUGAGAUUGUUGAGGGAGACGACAUGACGAUCGCCGAAGCAGAGAGAGCAACGAAAGCUGCAGAGGCCAAGUCACGAGCUGUUGUCCUGGAGAUGAUUGGAGACAUCCCUGAUGCUGAGAUGAAGCCUCCAGAGAACGUUCUGUUCGUCUGCAAGCUCAACCCGAUCACUCAGGACCCCGACUUGGACAUCAUCUUUGGAAGGUUCGGGCCUUGCACUUCCAACAUCAUUCGAGACAAGAAGACAGGAGAUUCUCUCAACUAUGCCUUCAUCGAGUUCGAAACGCAGGAGGCAGCUGAGGUUGCGUACGAAAAGAUGAACAACGUGAUCAUCGACGACAGGCGCAUCAAGGUCGACUUCAGCCAGAGCGCGUACAAGCAAUGG